UAAAAAUUUCACUUUUUCUGUCUAUUCCUUUACCGGAGCACGGGGUACUAUACCAGUACUUAAGAAAGUUAUUAUUGGAGAAUCUUUGCCGAGUUUUGUAAUGUCUUUCUUAGUUGACACGCACACUCUCUCCUUCCCCUCGCCGCUCGUACCUCAGAUUCAUUCUUUUUCCCCCAUUUUAUAAUUUUGAAUUGUUAUUAUUAUUUUUUAAAAAAUUGGGAUUUUUAGGUUAGGGUUUUUUGGGGCAAAAGGAUUUGCAUCCAUCGGCAUCGGCAUCAUCGGGAUUGGAUUUGAGAUAUUGAUUUUUGAGAAUCAAUCAGGGGGUGGGGGCAUGGAGAACGGUCACGACGGGAAAUUGGCAGAAAAAUUACUGCGAUUGACCCUCAACGAGAGGGAGCCCUCCAACGACGAUAGCUUGUUUCAGGUCAUGAAAGCCGUUGAGGCCGCCGAAGCCACCAUCAAACAGCAGGCGGAUGAGAACAGUCGAUUGAGGUCUGAACUCCAGAAGAAAAUUGAGCAACUCGAAAAAUAUAAAGUGCAAAUUGGUAGUAAUCCAAAUGCUUCUGCUAACGAAGCUGCCAAUACCAAUUUAAAUGGAACUUUGAGCGCACUUCCUGCUGCUGCUGCUGCUGCUACUUCUUACAGCACCGCGGGCGCUGCUCCUUCUCUUUUCUCUUCACCCUCAGCAGCUACCACUUUCCCUUCUACCGGGUAUCAAUUGGAAGGAGAAUACGAUUCUCUAUCACCGCAGGGUCUAAUGCCAAUGCCUCAAAUAAAUAAUUCCAAUUCCCUAUGGAAAGAGGAUGUUGUCCUCAAGAUUCGAGAACAUGAAGAAGAGAUUUUGCAGUUGCGCAAACAGCUUGCUGAUUUUUCUGUCAAGGAAGCACAAAUACGCAAUGAAAAAUAUGCACUUGAAAAACGGAUUGCCUAUAUGCGACUGGCCUUUGAUCAGCAACAACAGGACCUUGUUGAUGCUGCAUCAAAAGCUCUCUCUUAUAGACAAGACAUAGUAGAGGAAAAUAUUCGUCUCACAUAUCAAUUACAGGCUGCACAGCAAGAAAGAGCAACUUUUCUGUCAUCUUUGCUUCCUCUUCUGGCAGAGUAUUCCCUGCAGCCGCCAUUACCUGAUGCUCAGUCCAUUGUAAGCAAUGUCAAGAUUCUUUUUAAACAUCUGCAAGAGAAGCUUAUAAUUACUGAGUCAAAGCUAAAGGAGUCACAGUAUCGAUUGUCACCUUGGAGGUCAGAUGUCAAUCAUUCCAAUUUUGCCCCCCAAUCUCCAUCUCAUUCCCUUGGUGCAACAUUGACAACUUCAAGCAAAAAUGGCCUUGAAUUGGUGCCACGGCCGGCAUAUUCCCAGGGAAAGACACAGAUAAUUUCUGAUGCUCAAACAGACUCAAAUUGGGAUCUACCUGCUCAGCACCAAGGUGGCUUGGGUGGUGGUAUUGCUUCAAAAAAUUUGGAACCUGAUGAUUUGGGGAGGUAUUCACCUAUAGCAAGCAGGACUUAUACUGCUAAUGAGAUGCCAACACAGCUGACAGUUACUCACAGUGACACUCAUACUGGACAAUGUGGUGACGAAACUAUUAAUAAACAAGUUACAUUUCGUGACCCUGUCAGCAAUAGUGAGAUGGAUUAUCCUGAUGCUGAGGGACACCCGAUUGAAAGAGAACCUCCCUCCAACUGGGGUUCAGGAAACUCUCCUUAUGCCGCUACACUUGAUGACCCCAGCUCCUCAUAUCCUCCUUAUCUACCACCAGUUCUUGAAGAGCCUUCAUCUUCUUUUUCUGAGGCUGCAGAGGAUGAUCCACUUCCAGCUAUAGAAGGUCUUCAAAUCUCAGGUGAAGCUUAUCCAGGAAGGGAACUUCAGGCAUGUGGAUAUUCUAUCAAUGGAACUACCAGCUGUAAUUUCGAGUGGGUGCGCCAUAUGGAGGAUGGAUCUGUUAAUUAUAUUGAUGGAGCAAAGCAACCAAACUAUCUUGUAACUGCUGAUGAUGUUGAUACAUACCUUGCUAUUGAAGUCCAGCCUCUAGAUAACAGGAAACGCAAGGGAGAGCUGGUGAAGGUCUUUGCCAAUGAGCACAAGAAGAUCACGUGUGAUCCGGAGAUGCAAGGCCAUAUAGAGAAGACUCUGUAUAGUGGUCAUGCUUCAUAUAAAGUUUCAAUCUCGACAGGAUAUCUUGAUAUAUGGGAACCGGCUACAUUGGCCAUUAAAAGGGAUGGUUACAGUAUCAAGUGUGGUGGAUCCAAUGGUCUUGUGGUCACUGAAAAGUUUUAUCCAACCACUCAGGUUAAAAUAACAUUUGGAGAGCCUACAGAGUUUAUGAUUAUUGGAUCAAAUGGUGUUCAGCGUCUCUUACGAGCAGGUAGCAGCUCUCCAGAUAUUAGCUGCUUUUGCAGGCUGGUGAGAGAAGGAAAGGGAAGAAGAGAGGCUUAUUCUUCAACAAGUAAGGUUACAUGCUUUACAAACUGUGCAGCUCAGGAAACCUUGCUAUUGAGAUUGUGUAGUGUAUAUUUACAAGGCAGCAAUGUUGAAGCUCAGUGCACAAUAUAUCUUUGCUAAACUUGUUGAGUAGCUAGCUUUUGUGUUCUAAUAUUCUUUGCAAGGCAGCAAUGUUGAGUCGUUAAAAUUUGUAUCGAUAUUUUUGUCCUCAAUGCUGUAAUAUCAAAUUUAUCACUAGAUGUCGAAAGGGAUUGAGUUGGUAUUCACAUAGUGACCAUUUUUGAGGUCAUCUUAUAAUAGGAAUGGUUGGUCAAUUUUGGAUAUUAACCAUGUCUUAAUU